AAACAGUUGCAAAGUUGUGGAAGAAGAGAGUAUUGAUAAUCUCAUGGCGACGGCAACAAGGCCUGGUGUUCCCAAGUCCGAAGCUAUUUCCAAAGGCUAUAAUUUCGCUUCUACUUGGGAACAGAAUGCUCCGUUAACAGAGCAACAACAAGCAGCCAUACAAGCACUUUCCCAUGCAGUUGCUGAGAGACCUUUCCCGUCCAAUUUGGUGAGUUUUUCCUUCUUGGUUGGUUUCAGAAUAUAUCUAUCUCUAACUCAAUUACCUGAAAUAUGUUUUUAUUUCAAUUUCCAGGAUCAAGUUUCUGGACAUGAUAACAGUCUCUCUGUUUCAACAAAGCUAAGUUCUCUGGAGGAUUCAGGGGCCAUUGAAGCAGUCCUAGUGAAUACAAAUCAGUUUUAUAAGUGGUUCGCGGAUCUUGAAGCUGCCAUGAAAUCAGAGACUGAAGAAAAAUAUCAGCAUUAUGUCAGCACCUUAACAGAGCAGAUUCAGACCUGCGAUAGUAUACUUCACCAGGUGGAUGAAACACUUGACUUGUUCAAUGAGCUGCAAUUGCAGCAUCAAACAGUGGCGACAAAGACUAGAACUCUUCAUGAUGCGUGCGAUAGACUGCUUUUGGAGAAGCAGAAAUUAAUUGAGUUUGCAGAAUCACUUCACAAUAAGCUCAAUUACUUUGAUGAAUUGGAGAAUGUUGCAACCACUUUUUAUUCUCCUAGCAUGAGCGUUGGUAGUACAAAUUUUCUUCCAUUGCUUAAGAGACUUGAUGAGUGCAUAUCAUAUGUUGAGAGUAACCCACAAUAUGCAGAGUGCAGCAUUUAUUUGGUCAAGUUUCGACAACUUCAGUCUCGAGCUCUGGGAAUGAUUCGCUCUCAUGUUCUUUCCGUUCUUAGAAGCACUUCUUCUCAGGUUCAGGCUGCAAUAAGAAGCAGUGGUGGUAGCAAAACAUCUUUUGCCGAGGGUAUAGAGUCAUCUAUAAUAUAUGUACGCUUCAAGGCUGCAGCAAAUGAGCUUAAGCCUAUCUUGGAGGAAAUUGAAAGCAGAACACCUAGAAAAGAGUAUAUUCAACUUCUUGAAGAAUGCCACAAACUCUAUUGUGAACAGCGCCUUUCCUUGAUAAGAGGUAUAGUGCAACAGCGGAUCUCUGAAUUUUCCAGGAAAGAAGCAUUGUCGUCUUUAACUAGAUCUGGAUGUGCAUAUUUAAUGCAGGUCUGUCAGCUGGAGCAUCAACUCUUCAAUCACUUCUUUCCAUCAUCUUCAGAGGACAUUUCGAGUUUGACUCCUCUUGUAGAUCCUCUGUGUACUUUCCUCUAUGAUACAUUGCGUCCUAAACUUAUUCACGAAACAAACCUGGAUGUUCUUUGUGAACUGGUUGAUAUCCUUAAAGUUGAAGUUCUAGGAGAACAACUGAGCAGACGGGGGGAGUCAUUGGCUGGGCUACGUCCAACGCUGGACAGGAUUCUAGCAGAUGUUCACGAGCGAUUAACUUUUCGUGCUCGCACCUAUAUCCGUGAUGAGAUUGCAAAUUACCUUCCUUCAGACGAGGAUCUGGAUUACCCUAAAAAGUUGGAGCAAUCUGUUUCAGCAGAACUGGGUUCACCAUCUACUGAACAAAACCAAGAUGUUUCCGGAACCUGGUAUCCUCCCCUGGAGAAAACCGUAUCAUGUCUAUCAAAACUGUACUGUUCUCUAGAAUCAGCUGUUUUUACUGGAUUAGCUCAGGAAGCUGUAGAGUUCUGCUCAUUAUCCAUUCAAAAAGCUAGCAAACUUAUUGGCAAAAGAUCGUCAUCAAUGGAUGCACAACUUUUCCUAAUAAAGCAUCUACUCAUCCUGAGAGAGCAGAUUGCCCCAUUCGACAUAGAAUUUUCAGUCACGCAUAAGGAACUUGAUUUUUCGCACUUGUUGGAGCAUCUGAGGCGGAUUCUAAGGGGUCAGGCAUCAAUCUUUGACUGGUCGAGAUCAACUUCAUUAGCUAGAACUUUAUCUCCACGAGUUUUGGAAAGUCAAAUUGACGCCAAGAAGGAAUUGGAGAAAAGCCUGAAAACUACUUGCGAGGAGUUCAUUAUGUCAGUGACUAAGUUAGUUGUGGAACCAUUGCUUUCUUUUGUGACAAAGGUUACGGCUGUUAAAGUUGCAUUAUCUGGUAGUCAAAAUAAAAAACUGGAAUCUGGGAUUGCGAAGCCACUCAAGGAGCAUGCUUUUGCUUCACCAGAAAAGAUUGCCGAGCUCCUUCAGAAGGUCAACACAGCAAUGGAUGAAGAUUUACCUAGGGUGUUGGUAAAAAUGAGGCUCUAUCUGCAGAAUUCAUCGACACGUGCAAUACUUUUCAAACCCAUUAAGACUAAUAUAUUGGAAGCACACGUUCAAGUGCUAUCCCUUCUGAAAAAAGAAUAUACACCUGAGGAUAGACAAGACCUUGUCAAGAUGGUUUCAAUGCAGGAUUUGGAAGCUAAACUUGAUAAGCUUCUGUAAUGAGCUUCCGUUAUAGAAACUUACAUCAAGUGGUGGAGGUUCCAGGAACUUUGUGGCAUGGAGGAAGGUUUUAACCCAGUUCAAUUCAUAUACAUUGAUCCUACGGUGAUUAUAGAUCAUACAUGUAAAGCUUUAUUGAAGGAACAACUUAAAGUGUUGGCUUCCGGAUUUGUCGUUAUCAGAAGAAUUUCCCAUUGAUUCCCUCAGGCUGUUAACAGAACUCCAAUGCAUCACUCUUGUUGCUGUGGUAACAUUCAAUUCACGAUGGUAGCUAGUAAGUAAUUUGAAGUUUUAGGCUUUGCGCUAUUGGUGUCAGAUUUUGGGUUUUCAUUACCUUCGUAUUUCGAAAUUCUUCUUGUACCCCAGAUUUUACCGCUGCUUGGUUAAUUUUA